AUGGGUAGCAUCGAGGCGCGGAUGUCGCUUUCGGACGUGAAGCUGCUUUCCAGCAUGGCGAGGAGCAUGCACGGCGCGGUGCGAGUGACGAGGGCGGCCACCGCCAUCAAGGCCCUCCGACACUCCCACCGGCAGGAGAUGCUGGCCUUCGCUAGGGCGAGGAGGGACCGCAACCCGCUCACGGUCGAGGGGUACGCCUUCGCUAACCCGGCGCACGCCGUGGCCGUGACGGGGCCCCACGCGGAACCCCCGGUCCAGGUAUCGAUGCUUCAGGCGGGCGCGGGCUUGCCCGACCUGCGGCUAGGCCUCGUCAGCAACGCUCUCGGAGUCCCCCUGUUCCACCUGGACGUGCGGCAGCUGCAGGCGGCGCUUCGGCACGAGGCCGGCCGGUACCUCGACGCCACGGUUUCCGCCACAGUGGGCGCUGGCUACUUUAACCAGGCCCUCUACCGCCGGGAGCCCGUCAUCGAAGAGGUUCCCCUUGCUGUCGCUGUCCACCGCGACGAGGGGGGAGGAGACGCAGCAGGGAAGGAGGAGGCGGCGGGAGCAACAGCAGCGGCAGGUGGCGUCGACGGUGGUGCCGGCGGCGGCGGCGGCGGCGGCGGCCAGGGAGGGGAGAAGAAGAAGCGGGGGGUGAUGGAGACGCAGCUGUCCCUUCCCGAGGUGGUGGACGUGAACGUGACCCACGCCAUGGUCUCCGCCGUGAGGAGGAAGGCGUUGGCUCUGUCCAAGGACCGCGUCACCACCGGCGCUCGAAUCAGGCAGCCUUUCCGCAUGCGCAACCGCUGCGGGGAGGCCCUGGCGCUCACCAUACGCCGCAGCGGCGGCAUGACCACCACCGCGGCAGCAGCAGCGAAGGAAGAGCUUCGCUUCACGCUGGCGGACGGAGGAGAAGACACGGUCGAUUUCGGCUCGCUACCGGCGGAGCCGCAACCCCCCGUCGCGCGGGGGGGUGAUGUUUCUCAGCCCGGGACCCCCGCUCGUUCGCGCUCGCGUGCCAACACGACGUCGUCGGCGUUGUCGAUGCUUGGGACUCCGACGAGGGCGAGAAGCCGGAACCCGGCGUCACCGUCGUCGUUGCAGCAGGCGCAGGCGCCGUGCUGGGAACCCAUCGCGUCUAGCGGCAUGUCGGAGAGGAGGCAUUCUCUCAUGGUGGCGAUGAGGCACCGGGGCUGCCUCUACGUCUCCUCGCACGCGUGCCCUGUUGACACCGCGGGGGCACACAGCAUGCGGAUGAGGCGCAUGGACGGCAGUACCCCCAAGGCGAGAACCACUUUCGAGGCCGGACUUGGCGGCGGCGGCGGCGGCGGCGGCGGGCGCGACAAGUCGCCGGCCGCGGUACUUUUCCUGGUAGCGGAGGUCAGCUUAGACGACGACGGCACGAGAGUCCUCACGGUCCGGACCCGGGUUUCCAUCGAGAACUCGUGCGGUGUUUCGGUCAGAUUGUCCUUGGGCCGACCGGGAGGGGCGAGGGUGGAGCGUGACCUCGAUGCCGGGGCCACGGCGCAUGUCCCCCUGUCGUUGCUCGAGCCAGAUCUUGAGUCCCUCGCCGGAGCCGAGAAGACGGCGUACGCGGCGCCUAAGAUCAAGUCGGCACCAACGUCUGCCGGCGGCGGCGGCGGCGGCGGGGGCAGGGCCGGGGGGCAGGGCAGCGGCGGCGGUGGCGGGGGCGACGGCGGAGAGUACAAGGUGUUCGCGGCGUCUAGGGCGCCCGCACCGGGAGCGUCGAGGGGCGUUCGCGGCUUCGCGGGAGCGGGUGGUCUGGGGACUGGUUCUGGGAAGGGUUCUUCGAUGGUGGCGCCGAGUUCAUGGCAAGUCGAACGCGUAUUUCUCUCCGACUGA